ACCAAUCAGCUCUCGAGAAGGUGGGUUACCUACCGCAGAAAGUUGCAGAGCGACAUCACUGUUGGAGCACGGUUGCUUCGGUUUGACAGCACAGGGCGACACUUUUGAACACCCCCCCCCCCAAAAAACGGCAUUUUCGAGCUAUUAAAAGAAGCAGGUGUGUACAAGUUGGCUAUACAACAUCUUCCAAAAUAUUUAGAGAUGUUGGCGUGCACGGAGAUGAUCACCAUGUGCCUUCAGUCGGCAAAACAGAAGCACCUUCGCGCUCAGCAGCAGCCACUGCGUAGCCACGUUAAUGGACUUCCAAUUUUCAAAGAUAUGUUCCGUCGUGCUGACAAGAAUGAUGACGGAAAACUGUCGUUUGAUGAGUUCAAUGCUUAUUUUGCCGACGGGAUUCUCACCACUGAGGAGUUGCAGGAGCUCUUCUACUCCAUAGACGGAAGGCAGAAUAACAACCUAGACACCGACAAGCUUUCAGAUUACUUUGCUCAACACUUGGGGGAGUAUAUGAAUGUCCUCUCUGCUCUGGAAACCCUAAACGUUGCCAUCUUGAAGGCCAUGGACAAAACUAAAGAGGAGUACCAGGGCUCCUCUGUGCUGGGACAGUUUGUGACCCGCUUCAUGCUGAGGGAGACCUCCAGCCAGCUGCUCUCUCUUCAAAUGUCCCUGCAGUGUGCUAUGGAGGCUGUGGAGGAGCAAAGCAGCCCUGCACCGAGAGAGGUGAAGGUGGUGGAGCAUCCCUCGGCGCAGAGGAACAGCAGGCGAUGUGGCCGCAAGGUUCAGAAGAACAUGUGCCUCUCCCCCACCGACCCCUACUCAGGCAUUCUCACUACAGGAGUCACCAUGGAGACUGAUGACCACUGGUGCUCCCAGAUCAACAGGCUCCAGUUGCUAUUGGACAAGCUGGAGUGGCAGAGUCCAAAAUUGGAACCCCUGAAAGAAGAUACACUGGCCAGUACCUAUAAAUCUAACAUCCUGCUGGUGCAGAGGCAGAUGUUGGCAACGGAGGAGGACCUUGAUAAGUUCCAGAGGGUACUCAAGAGCUACGCGGAUGCCACAUCCAACCACAGCGACAACUUGCAUGUGUCUAUCCAGAAGCUCCCAGGGAAGUCGUGCUUCAUUAUAUAUGAGUUUUGGCAGGAUCGUAUCUCCUGGAUGAGCUACCUGCAGUCCGAUGCCAGUAAAAAUUUCCAGCGCUGUGUCAUUGAUAUGCUGGAGGAUCCCAAGCUUGUGUCUACCAUGCUGCUCCCAGCAUCCUGGUGGAUCAUGACUAACAACUAGCAACAGACCACCGAACACCAUAUCUCCCGCUCGCCCCCAAACACACAACACAACCCCCAAGACAAGAGAUUCAAAAGGCAUCCACGUGUUUCUGUGCGCACACAGAACACUGCGUUACUACAGCAUCGUUCUGCAACACAUUUGUUAUGUACCGUUAACUAAUACUGGUCAUUACCAUAAUGCGCUGUUUCUCAACAAGAAAAAGGGGGUGAGGAAAAGCAGCCAAAUGUAUAGACAUGAAAGCGAUUCUUUGCAUUGUAAAAGCCAAUGGCGACGCUUUUGAAGCUCUCACUCCGAUACCAUGCUAGAAUCGAUCACGUGGCUUGAAUCAAACGAUUCCAGUUUAGUCAGUGCAUUUUCAUUCCUGACAGCAAUAGAGACACAUGAUACAGUUACUGCAAUGUGAUACACUACAUGCUUUUUAAUGACUACUUGCUAUAACUUGCUUACACUUAAGUAGAAUUUGAAGAAAACGACUGGAGCUCGCUGUUUAAAAUGCAUGCAGACCAGCGAUUGACCGAGCCUCAGAAAUGAGUUGCUUUGCAUUCUCAAUGCGUAACCUACAGAUAACUUAUUUCCUUAGAUAGGAACCAAUAUGUGAUGUGUUUCAAAUGCUGAAUGGUUCCUACUCUAGUCGGGGGGGGGGGGGGGGGGGGGGGGGGGUAGUUGCACCCUGCUGCUGUCUUAUUGUUAUAUAAGGGAUGCAAUGGAAUCCUUCUAUUGUUAGGUUUACUAGUGGUUUGAGUUACGUUGCUUGUCUUUAAAGGAGUUUGUCCCAGAUAAUUUACCUGUUUUAAAGAAAGUAUGUAUCUAUUAAGCCUAUAAAAGAGGAUACUUUGCAAUGAGAUUUCUUUGUGUGUCACCUUCUCAAGACAUAGCUAUCAUAGGACGGUACUUUUCCCCCUAUUUUUCCAUAGUUGACUUUAUUUAAGAGAAUCAGUCAUGUGCAGAUGGAUGUGUUGUCAUUGUGCUUUUGUUGUUAAUGAAGUAUCUUUUCCAUGUAGAAAUUCAACAUAUUCACUUUAAUAAAAGUUUACUCGACUCUG